UUUUGAUUUUUCAACCUAGAAAUUUCUGUCACACUCCAUCACACAUUUUAGGCAUUUGAAAUAACAUCAAAAACAAGCUAACCAUGUACAUGUCAUGUCCACAACCUGAUAUGCAGUGCUUGCGGUGCCUUCACUGCAUGAAAAAGAUCCAUUGUUCCCGGUACGACUCAAACGGAAUUAUCCGCCACAUUGAGGAGGAUCAUCCGGAAAUAAUGGAAUUGGGCGGAGAGAAGAUCAAGAAUCUGCAUAAGUUGGCAGCGGAGCAUGGGAUCAGUGAGGAGCGAUUGUCCCAGAUCAGCAAGAUGACCGGCUUAUCCGAAUCGCAGAUGGCCGAUGAGGCUGAGAAAUAUAUGGCCAAAAAGAAGGCUAGCUCUUCAGAUAAAGCAAAGAAGGCAAACUCUUCAGAAACUGGAAAGAAGGCUAACUCUGCGACGUAUAGUGUAACAGGAAGUGGGGACCCCAAGUCCGACGAUCGCAGUCAGACCUCAUUUAAGGAGAUCUCUCCGGGCGCCGAGACUUCUGACCUUCCAUUGGAUAAGGUUCGCUUGAAUCGCUACAAGACGACCAUAAACCGAUGGACACCGACGGAUGGAUUUAUUUUCUGUCCAAGGUGCGGAUGCUGUCGCCGGCCCCUAGUAAAGUCGUCCUCGGAGAUGGUGAGCACCGGAUGUUGUGUCGCCUGUAUCGUGUCUUGCUGGCCCCUGUGCUUCCUACCAUGCCUUCUUUCGCCGGACAACCGGGAGUACCUGUACUGCUCCAACUGUCGAGCUUUCCUUGGCCUCUACGAUCGGGAGACUAAUUGUGUUAAACCAAGUCGAGAGUUCGUAUCCUGCGGAAAAGCGGCCACGCCCCCUCCUUCCGAUAAUUGCCCCAAGUAAUGUUAGGAAACUCUUUAUACUUUAUUUAAAUUAUAUGUGUGAAUUAAUGAGGAAAGCUUUCCUAAAGCUUUAGUGUAGUCGAGGCAAAAACCAUUUGUUGAUUGUACUUUGUAAUAGUAUGAAAAUUAAAUAAAUUUACUAAUAUUUGGUAUCAAAA